AUGAUAAGCCCCGAUCAUAAGCACUCCACAGACAGUGAAGCAAUCUGGGCCCAAAUCAGGGCUCCUGAGUUCGUGCUGGAGGAUCGGGAAGCGUUCCUCGCACUUCUGGAAUUGCGAUUCCAUAAAGCUCGUAUCACCGGGCAACUGUCCCGUUAUCAUACGGUUCCGGGACCAUUGGGCGCCAGCCUCGAACCCGACAGUAACCGUAGUAAUCGGAAUAGUAUUGAAUUUAUGAAUACGAGAAUCUGUACUGUACUGCUCAGAACUAAAUUGGCUCCAACUCGAACUGCAGAUACCAAUGAAAUACACGAGGAAUUGAUAACAACAAAUGCUUAUGUUUAUUGA